GCAGGCAGCCAAUGGCGACACGUUGUUUUACCCGUGACAUCAUCCGCCACCCCUCAUACUAAAGAAGGAAACAAACAUCCAUCCAGAAGGAACGGGAGACGGAGAGAGAACGGGAGGAAGACGGAGAGGCAGGAGGGCGAGGAAGGGACACGUACACCUACCUGAAGCUGUCUGACGGAGGAUCCCAGACACCGCCAGACAGAAGGAAACCAGCUUCACCAGGACCCUAAAACAAAAAGAAACAACCCCGACCUUUUUUCUCCUGCCAAGACAAACGGCCCGCUGUCGUCUCGCGAGAAGAAAAAAAAGCCCCCCUCAUCGAUUGUCAGCAGCAAUGGCCCAAGAGACGAACCAGAGCCAGGUGCCCAUGCUUUGUGCCACAGGCUGCGGUUUCUAUGGCAACCCAAGAACCAAUGGCAUGUGUUCCGUAUGUUAUAAGGACCACCUGACGCGACAGCAGAGCAGCGACCGCGUGAGCCCCCUCAGCCCAAUGGCUUCAGCUGCUAGUCCUACCUUAGAAGCCUCGGCCAUCCAGAGACUAGAAGCCAGUCUAGCCAAGGUCGAUGCCUCCCCUGCCUCCUCGCCAGACAUGUCUAGAACUCUUCAUGGAUCUCUACCUGUGACUCAACAAAUGACAGAGAUGAGCAUCUCGAGAGAGGACAAGCCAGAACCCCUAGAGCCUGUAGUAAGCCAACCUGCUGCUUCUAGUCCUACUCCUGUAGCUUCUUCCAGCAGUGAUGAAGGCAAGGGUGACACCCCCAAACCUAAGAAGAACAGGUGCUUCAUGUGCCGCAAAAGGGUGGGCCUCACAGGGUUCGACUGUCGCUGUGGGAACCUGUUCUGUGGCAUCCACCGGUACUCCGACAAGCACAACUGUCCCUAUGAUUACAAGGCUGAGGCUGCUGCCAAGAUCCGCAAAGAGAACCCCGUUGUGGUUGCUGACAAGAUCCAGAGAAUAUAGAUUUGACAAAAUCAGGAGCGACAUCAACAAUGACAGAAACCUUUGACAAAGACUGGAGUAUGAGUGUGAACCUUUGGAAAUGAUCACUGGCAGUGAUCCAAGCGAGGACUGAAAGGACUUGAUUUAUGAAAUUACAACCUCAAGAAAAUGAUGAAGAGGAAAAAAGUAAAAAAUGAAAAGAUCCUGUCUGAGGGAGAUGCAUGAAUGAUCACUUUUCUCCUUUUUUGAUUAAGUCAUUAGUUUGUUUUAUUCUAUUUUCUGUGGUGUGAUUUUGCUGCUGUUGAGUCCUUUUUUUUCUAAGAAUGUGUAUUGUCUUAUCAGAAGCAGCCCAGGCAACCUGUCCAGGAUAAGCUGUGCUCCUCUCACCCAAACCAGGCGCCAUUUUGUGCCAAACCGUAGACAGCCAUUUUACUCAGACCCUGUGUAAGUCACUGGCAAGUCUUUCAUAGCAUUCAAACUACACAGUGACCGUCCACACGAGUUGUGUCCCUCAACCUUUGAACUUCUUGUUCCGGGCUCCAUUGCUAUUGGAGUCAACGUUUGGAGAACCGUACAAGUGUCCCCCACUGUGCACAAGGGACUUUGUUACUUUGUCUCUGUCUUUCCUAGCUUUACCUACCUCACAGCUGCUGUGUUAAGCUUUGUUGUCUUCCCGUUUACUUUGUGUUCAUCAGCUUUGACCCAAGCGGAACAAUGGAUGGUCUUGAUAGUCGGCCUCGGCGACCCGGUGAUCAGCGAGUCUUGAUUGUGACAAGGCUUUUUCCAACAUGGCUGGAGGUAUCACGCUGGACAGGGACAGACGAAUGACUCUACGUGUCACUGAGUCUAAACAUUUUCAUAUAAUGGGUUAAGGAGUUUCCCCCUAACUGGUCUUGAGCUCAGAUUGUAAUCUUAGACGCCUGGUGCAGGGCUGUGUGUACCCAUGUGUAGCCUGAGAGGAAGGAUGGCACCCUUCCCUGGCAGGCCUGGUAGGUGACUUAGGCCACAAUAUAGUAGGGGCAUGAAUGAAUGGGAUACAUGCAUGACUUACUCUUCAUCUGCAUUAGUGGUUCAGAAAUAUUUGGUAUCACUCAACUUAGGGUUUCAGACAUUUUAUUUGCUGGGCGACAAUUAUCUGUUAUGUUACCUUUUUAUUUUUCCAUUGAUAUUGUACUGAUGUUAGCGCAUGUAUUCGGUGCAUUUGUGGAAUUAGAAUAUGUGAACCAUUUUCUUUUCUGUUUAUUUUUUAAAAAAAUGCGCUAACGGAAAGUUCAUGUGAGCUGUGCGUGUGUGGGUGGAUGGGGGGGUGUGUGUGUGUGUGUGUGUGCGUGUGCGAGUGUGUGUGCGAGUGUUGUUCCCCAACCCUUUUGUCUGUGGAGCUACCCGGUUUAUCAGCACAUGUUUACAGAACUACAGGAGCAUGCCAGAGCUAGAGUUAUGAAAAAUAAUAGAUACCAAGAUUAGAUAUAACUUCUCAUCUGUCUAACAGCUAUUGGUCUGUGCGUCUGCUAUAGAGCACCGUAGAGAAGUGUGCGUGUGUGUGUAUUUGUGUGCAGGCUCAUGCACAUACCUGUGCAAAAGUGUGUUUUCAUGGCUGCCUGACACAUUGAAGCCGAUGUAUGUUUGUGACUUGUGUUAAUCCCCCUUUUUUCUGCCCUGUAAGGAUGUUUUUUGUUUCAUUUAAAAGAUAACCGUAUGUAUCUGUUUGAGUUUUUCCUUUAUGAUUCUUAGUUAUAUGCAAAUUUGUACAAAAAAUGAAAAAACAACAAACUGUGUUGAUAUUUAUGUAUUACAUAUAAUCUUGCUAUCCAGCAUUACGACAGAAUAGUAUCAUGUAAAUAAAACUGUACAGAGAGACAUUA